AUGCUUGAUAUCCCGACGCUCUCAAAUGAGAUAGCGAACGCGGACUUCUUCUUCGGGGACGGGAGCAGCCUGCAGAGCAUCCAGCCGAUGCCGACGACGCUGUUCGCGGCCGCGCUGAUGGGCAGCGGCAGCGGCAGCGGCGGCAGCGGGCGCGUGACGAGCGGGUCGCUGCAGCAGGCGCAGGCGCGGGCGGCGGGCGCGGGGGCGGCGGCAGGGGCCGCGCCGGCAGGCAGCACGGGGCUGGCCACGAUGCACAGCAUGGAGCAGGCGCUCCUGGAGGACGUGGGGGCCGGCGGCCUCCUCGGCGGCGAUCUGGGCGAGUGA